AUGGGAGACAAUUGGGAUGAUGAGGAUUUUGAGCCUGAAGCUGUAGCCCCACCGCCAGCUCCCGUUGAACAACCAAUCGACACUCAUACGGUUCCUGCACCACAACCUCAAACGAAGACAAAACCGAAGUAUGGGGACACCAAAGAGGACAAGACUUAUGUGUUGGAAGAUUUGGGCCGAGAGCUGACCUACGCUGAACGAGAAGAAAUGCAAAGGAAGGUCGAUAGAGCGUUUGCACGUGAGCUACUCGGAGCUGAUGCUGGCGAAGAAGAAGAGGAUUGGAAAGAAGCUGCAACCAAGGAGGAGUUCGAAAAAUGGGGAGACAAGAUUGCCAAGUGGGCCACUCAGCGACACAAGGCUGCGCAUUAUGGAGACUUCCUCUCAAAGUUGUUAAUAGGCAUCUCGGGAGAUUUGGAGGCGACUGAUAUCCGAAAAAUGUCGAACUUGUUGAAGCAAAUCGCCGAUGAUAAGAAAAAAGAAACCGAUAAAGCAAAACCGGUUGCUGUGAUUGGCAAGAAAAAGGCAAAAGCUGCCGUCAAAUCAACAGGCGGGAAGCAGAAGGACGAUUUUGACGAUUUCGGUGCUGGCGGUGGUUCUGGAUGGAGAAACGAGGAAGAUGAAGACUUUAUG